AUGGCUCCUAUCAAGAGCACCCUUAAGACCGCCAUGCCCAACACGGUCUCCAUCACGGCGGAGGAGUACCGCAAGCUGCUCCAUGACUCUGCAGAGCUGAGCAGACUGCGCGCCGCUCUCCAACCUGCUCCGCGUGAGACCAAGGGUAUGCUAAUCAACCCUGUGGAACUUGCAUCCGGCCAUGUAGCCCGAGUUAACACACAAACCGCAGGAGAGCUCGCCAGGACUGCCCGCCCCGACCUCUGCACUGCCAGCGACCUGGACGCUGGUGACCGGUUUGCCCUGGCAAGUCUCGCAUCCGCUCUGGAGGAGACUAGCACCACGGAACCGGAGGACGACUCUGAGUCUCGCCAAAAGCCCAGCUCCAGCGUCGUCCUGCUCCCCCCUGUCCCGGUCACCCACGCCCAGGUCGCUGCCGCCGUCCGAGGAGGGCCGUUGAUCCAGAUCUACCUGCAACGCAAUAGCAACCAGGUCAAUGUCACCUUCGCCCACCCUGAGGCCGCCGCCGCUCUUAUCACCCACGCCGAAUCUACCCACUUCUAUGUUGCCGGUCAUAAGACCAUUGUCAAAUGGGCCCCGCGCGCCUAUAUCGCCCCCCAAUAUGUCUACCAGCAAGUUCAAGAUGGCACAGUCAGCCGAAACCUGGUAAUCAAGAAAGUCAAUGCAACGGUCACCGAAGAGUCUCUCCGCCGGGACCUAAAGCACAUCCACAACCUGACCAUCAUCUCUAUCAAAUUCGAAAAUGAAAACGUCUACAUCUCGACAAGCUCGACGGGUGGUGCGCUGUACGCCCGUACAUGCUUAAAGUCCCGUGCCGCCUACAAGGAUAUGCGGAUCGACUUUUACGAGGAUGAGUGCGCGAAGCCUCUCCCGAAGACUCGUCGUUCUGCUGCUGUCGCUGUUCCCAAGGCGCCGAAGAAGGAUCAGAGCCCGGGUUACAAUCCCUUCGAGCUGCUCUCCCAGGACGAGUUCGAGUUGGCCGAUGAUGAAGAUGACGACGAAGAUGAGGACGAGGACAUCGAGAUCUAG